CGCAAAGAUGUCAAGUAAUGUUAGUUGUAUGUUAUCUAUAGCUGCAACAACUUAUCUUAUCAUUCGCUUUUCUUACUUAAAUAAAAGUUAGUCUAAACUAAGAAUUGUACUGGAGCGGUGUUACAGUGAAUGAAGAUUUCUGGAGUUAUUACAAUUUUUCAAAAUGACAGAUGGUAACGAUAUACAGUUGAAAGAGAACUACGCGAAAAAUGGAUUCAUUGAUUUUGCCGCCGGAUUUUUGGGUGGAGUGGCUCUCGUUUAUGUUGGACAACCUUUAGAUACGAUUAAAGUAAAAAUGCAAACGUUUCCACAUAUACAUAAAAAUAUGAUCACAUGCUUUACAGAUACCUUUAGGAAAGAGGGUAUAUACAGGGGUUUGUAUGCUGGUACGGUACCAGCGUUGGCCGCGAAUAUAACUGAAAACUCGAUACUAUUCUUGGGAUACGGAUUUUGUCAAAACUUUAUGCAAAAGCUGACCAGAACAGAGAAGGUAGAAAAUUUGAGUAUAGUAAGUAAUGCAACCGCCGGAUGCUUGGCUUCGUUCUUUUCAUCGAUAGCUCUAACUCCCACGGAGUUAAUAAAAUGCAAGCUACAAGCGAUGUAUGAAGUUCAAAAAGAGCAAGCAAGUAGAGGGAUACAUUCCGAGAAAAUUGGUCCUUGGAGAUUGACAUCAGAUAUUAUAAAAAUGGAUGGGUUUCGUGGAUUAUUCCGAGGGCUGGUAGCUACAUUGGUUAGGGAGAUGCCGGGAUAUUUCUUCUUCUUUGGUGGAUACGAAGGAACAAGAACAAUGUUAUGCAAUAAUGAUCAAACAAAGGAUGAUAUAGGUUUACUGAAAACUAUGUUCGCCGGGUCUGUGGGAGGAAUGGUCUUCUGGUGUGUUACUUACCCUGUAGAUGUAGCCAAAUCCCGAAUACAAGUUAAUCAUUUAACUGAACCACUGCACACGAUUAUCAUUCGAAUUGCAAGAACAGAGGGAUUUUCAGCAUUAUUUAAUGGUUUGACUCCGACGUUAGUUCGCACAGUGCCGGCAACAGCGACACUAUUUGUUACCUACGAAUAUACGAAGAAGUUUUUGCACAAUGUUUUAGAUUAACUCUUAUUUUAUACAUAUGUUAUUCAAUAAAUUGUAU